AAAAUUUACGACUUGUCUCUCAUUUUUAAUGUCUCAAUCGAGCACAAGUGUGCCUGCCUCUAAUGGCGUGCUUAGCUCUCUGUUGACAACUGACUCUACUACAAAACAAGAAGUCAAUUUUGUUAAAAGAAACCAACAACAGGAAGAAUGGGUAAAUGUUGAUUUCAAUCUGGAAGAGAAUAUCGAGAUUGAUAUAUUUCUAGAUUAUCUUUUUAUUAGCACGUCCUACUAUAUAGGUGACGAAGAUGGGGAAUUCGAGCUUGAAGAUGUUAUUCAUCCGGAUACUUCUAGCCCCGUUAAGCAAGGGAAUGAUGUGGUGCAGGAGAUCGAAUUCCCCGAACACGCGGAUGAAAACAAAAACCCAGUGUCCAAUAUAUCUAAUAUGCCCAAUAAUCCGGGCGUUGAUAGUAACAUCUCGUCUCAAUCUGUGUCUGAUGACUUGGCCAAUACGGAUAAAAUGACAGAUUCCAGUUCACAAAAUAAAUCAAUUAAUUUGUCGUCAUCUGUAACACCUGAUAAAAAUAAUAGUGAACAUCCUUUCGUGUCUUCGGAUUUUGAUGAUUUACCAAAGACAAAGUAUGGUAGAAAAGUCCACAAGCCUGUAUUAUUUACUCCUGACGUCAAAAAAUCUUAUGUGAAGUCCAUUUUAUGUAUUCUUCAUUUUUAUAUUGUAGACAAACGUCAACGGAAUAUAAAUACUUCACGGACAUCGACUAACGGGGAUCAAGAUACUUCUGAUGAUAUCGUGUGUACCAUUUGUAGAGAUGGUCGCUCUCCUAAGAAUAAUCGUAUAGUAUUAUGUGACAAAUGCGACAUUCCUUAUCAUCAACAAUGCCACAAACCGCCUAUUGAAAGUCGCGUAGUUGAAAUACCUGAUGCAGAAUGGAUGUGUGCAAAGUGUGAGGAAGCGCUUAGAGGCCGUAAACGAAGGAAAGUCGAUAGUUCAAACACAUCAUCUGGAUCCAUAUCUGUCUCUUCCGAUAUUUUUCGAGGUAGCUCAGGAAAUGGUUUAACAGAAGAGCAGCGAGUCUUGAUUGAUCUUAUACUCAUUGCUGAAAAAUUACAUCCGGAUCUUCCUUUAUAUCCAGCUGAUAUAAAAGAAAAAAUCGCGAAUAGUGCUCAUGCUAUUACAUCUACAUCUAAUCCAAAUCCUCCAUUGGUGGAUGAGAGGCAGACAUCAGGUUUAAAUCCUGUAUCUAUCCCACCACCUGAUCCGCGGGUCCCUAUUCCCACCCCGGUUUCUCAGGGAUUUGUAGUCGACGCCACCGAUUCUUCACGUGCUCACUUGCCAGCCGUCGGCGUUGAUUUACCAUCUUACGAAGAAAUGAUUGUACAAGCUUUAACUGCCAUAGCUGACCCUUCCGGAAGCGCUCCUCGUAACAUUUUUGAAUGGAUGAAUAAUACAUAUCCAUUACAUAAAAAUUUCCGCGCAUCCGCUUCUCAAGCACUACAAAAGGCGGUUAAGAAAGAACGUAUAUUACGAAUCGGAACUGUUUACAAGCUUAAUUCUAAUUAUAAACCAGUCAAACGGGUUCGCAGAUUUUUUAAGAGGCCACAAGAUCCCGAAGAAAAUCAACCUUUCAAAGGUAUUUCUUCGGAUAAUGAUAAUCCUGAUCACAAUAGUCAAAAUGGUAUAUAUGAAAUUGCCGUGAGAAUGAGCAAUACGGAUAACUUCUCAUCUGUUCAAAUGGACACUGAUGAUCAUCCAAGCUUAUCCUCGUCUGCGGUCUCUGCGGUUUCAACACCUAUUCCUAAUGUUGUCUCCAAUGGUCAUACUGCAGUUACUUCUCCCGAGAAUGACUUACCUACAGAUGACAUAUCUAAUAAGGUAGCUCCCACUAUCAGCACAAUAGCGCCAAAUCAGUCCGUGCUGCCACCAGUAAUAGGUCGUAACACGACUUCUUCACUCACUAAUACAACAAUUAGUAACACCACUGAUCUUCCUUCAACGCUUCUUCCUCCCCCUGGACAGCCAACGUUACCGUCUUUAAGCUCUGUGGCACCUUACUUUGGUUCAAAUUAUGGUGGAAAUAAUACUG